AUGUCCACAAAACAAGACUAUCUCGUCCAAGUCCCCAUCGACCCUUCAGCCCUUCAAGCCUGGGCCUCUAAUCGCGAGGCACACAUGGCACACCUAAAACCUUACAUUCUCGACGGGACAAUCGUGUUCGGAGGACCUACGCUUGCCGCUCAUCCCAAGAGCCCCGAGGAGCCGAUCCAGGUGCGCAGCAGCGUGUUGUUGUUCCAAGCAAACUCCGAGGACGACGUGCGAGGAAUCAUAGAGAAGAAUCCAUUUGUGGAUGCCGGGGUAUGGGAUAUGGAGAAGCUUGUCAUUGCGCCAUUCAAGUGUGGAGUCAGGACUGCUUUGUAA